CGUGACGUCAAGCGACUGGAGUCGGGAAGAAAAAAGGGUUGUCUUGUGAUGGUGGGGCGGGUCAACAGUAUUGGGUCUACACAGCUAGCCGUCGCCUAUUCAAUGUAUUACUGAAAAGUGAGAGGGAUAAAAGUGGAGGGGUUGAAACAAAAAUAUGGCGAAUGUCGAAGGAGAUGAAAUUCGUCCGGCGUCCCCGUCGCUGGUUGCACCGUCGUCUCGAAACGGAUCCGGUAUUGGUUCAGCUGCAGUCAGUCCUGAAGGCCAAACGGCGACCACGAUUACGUCGGGUCCACGGAUGGUACGAAUUGUCAAGUCGGAUUCGGGCUAUGGAUUCAACGUUCGGGGACAAGUUAGUGAAGGAGGGCAACUACGGAGCAUUAACGGGGAAUUGUAUGCCCCUCUUCAACACGUCAGUGCUGUUUUACCGGGAGGGGCAGCAGACAGAGCUGGCAUCGUCAAGGGAGACCGGAUUCUGGAAGUGAACGGCGUCAGCGUGGAGGGGGCCACGCACAAGCAGGUGGUGGACCUGAUCCGGGCCGGGGAGCGGGAGCUGGUGCUGGCCGUGCUGUCGGUCCCGCCCCUGGAGGCGGACGGGCUGGACCAGGGGGACGAGGUCGGCGGCCAGCCCUGCUACGACUACAGCGACAAGCAGGCCGUGCCCAUCUCCGUGCCAACGUACAAGCACGUGGAGCAGAACGGCGAGAAGUUCGUGGUGUACAACGUGUACAUGGCCGGACGGCAGCUGUGCUCGAAGCGCUACCGGGAGUUUGCCAUCCUCAACCAGAACCUGAAGAGGGAGUUCGGCAGCUUCAGCUUCCCCAAAAUCCCCGGGAAGUGGCCCUUCUCCCUGUCCGAGCAGCAGCUGGACGCCCGUAGGAGGGGUCUGGAGGAGUACCUGGAGAAAGUGUGCUCAGUACGGGUGAUUGGGGAGAGUGACAUCAUGCAGGAGUUCUUGUCUGAAUCGGAUGAAAACUUCAAUGGCGUGUCGGACGUGGAGCUGCGCGUGGCUCUGCCAGACAAGACCACCGUGUCUGUGAGGCUGCGCAAGAACAGCACCACUGACCAGGUGUACCAGGCAGUAGUAAUGAAGGUGGGGAUGGACAGCAUCACGGCCAGUUACUUCGCCCUCUUUGAGGUCAUCAACCACUCCUUCAUGCGCAAGCUGGCCCCCAACGAGUUCCCGCACAAGCUGUACGUGCAGAACUACACCUCGGCCGGCCCGGGCACCUGCCUCACACUGCGCAAGUGGCUCUUCACCAUCGAGGAGGAGGUCCUGCUCAGCGACAACGAGCUGGCCAUACACUACUGCUUCCACCAGGCCCAGGACGACGUGAAGAGGGGAUCCAUCAAAGCGGAGGACAAGUCUUACCAGCUGCAGAAGCUGGCCGAGCAGAGCAAGACGAUUAUGUACCUGAGCAUGCUGCGCUCGUGCGAGGGCUACAACGAGAUCGUCUUCCCGCACUGCGCGUGCGACUCGCGCCGCAAGGGCCACGUGGUCGCCGCCAUCAGCAUCCGCCACUUCAAACUGCACGCCUGCACCGAGGAAGGGACCAUGGAGAACCAGGUGAUCGUGUUCGAGUGGGGCGAGAUGCAGCGCUGGGACACGGACGAGGAGGGCAUGGCCUUCUGCUUCGAAUACGCGCGGGGCGAGAAGAAGCCGCGCUGGGUCAAGAUCUUCACUCCAUACUUCAAUUACAUGCAGGAGUGUUUCGAGAGGGUCUUCUGCGAGCUCAAGUGGAGGAAAGAGGUGGAAGAGGAGGCUACAGACAAGGACAACAAGAACUGCGGUAAAGAUGAGUACCUUCCGUCCGUCGAGCCACAGAAGGGAUGGCGACACGUGGGGAGCGAGAUCGCCACCUAGGCGCGGAACGCCGACCCGACGCAACGUAAACGCAAACGCAACGUAAACGCAACGCAGCCGCAACGCAACAGUCACCAUCCACAAACCGCCAGCCCCCGGAGGAGAUCGCAGAAGCGGGAGAGAGAGAGAGAGAGAGAGAGAGAGAGAGAGAGAGAAAGAAAAUAAACGAUCCGGGAUCGCGAAACCCCAAGAAACCCCUCGCUCGCCUGCGGAGGAACCAGAAACCACGAGGGACGUACGCAUCAUCACAAAUUUUUUUUUUUAAAAACAAAUUAAUAUUCAUUAGAACCAUAAUGUCACUUCGCUUCGAGGGGCUGGACUCAACGUUGUGAUGUUUUUUUUUUUUUUUUGUGUGCGCAUUGUGAUUGGUCGAGGAAACGAAGCAUCCCACGAUACCGUUUGGUCAGUAAAUAGAAUUUAGACGGUGGCUUAGAGGAGACGGACAUCUGCAGUGUGAUUGGUCGAGGGGGAAACCCGGCCUCUGACGCGAUUGGUCCAGACCGUUGUGAAUAUGUACCUCUUAAACUUUGGGACCUGUUCGGCGUAGGGAAGUAGCGAAGGUUAAAGAGAAGGGAGAGAGAAGAAGAAGCGGAAGAAAGAAAGAAGAGAAGAAAUCCCGUAUUCCCAACGAAAAAGGACAGUAUGGAGGGAUGACAAUUCAGAAAUGAAGGCAGGGAGGGGGGGAUGGAGGGAGGGAGGGAGGGAGGCUGGAAACUACUUCUGAAAUUAUAAAGGAAAGAAGUAGAACUAAUAUUUGUUGAAUAAAAACUAACAGCGUUAAAAAAAUUAAAAAAAACUAGUGCUGGUCGAAGCUGGUGAGCCAUUUCCACUACUCUGUUUGCAAUGGAUGCGCUUUCGCUGAACUAACACGCAGGGAAAAUGUAGUUCCUCACCGACCGACAUUUUUACUUUUGGUAAAAUGCAUUCCCUCUAAGUAUUUAUGGAGGCAAUUUAGCUAAAUUAUGUUGCUGUAAAAAAAAAAAAAAAAAAAAAGAGAUAAGUGACAGUGUAAAUUAUGCGGGGUAGGGUGGCCUGUGGGAAGACCUGUGCUAGGCCGAGAAAAAAAAAACGGGUGAACGAACCGUCGAGAGGGAGAAGGAGAAGUGUGUUUUUCGCCGUCUAACAUAAAAAUAUCAGAGAAGAAGAGUUACGGAAGGGAUAACAUGAGAGGGGCUCCUGGAGCUGUAGUACCUACGGUAGCCACCAGGGGGCGAGCUGCGCUUGGUCAAUGCGUUGAGCUUUGAAAGGGAAGUCUUUCCCGCCUGAAUCCCUGAGGUUCCUCCUCCUGGUGUGUGUGCGUCUCGCGAACAGUGUUCUGUGUUCAGUGUGUCUGCCUACACGGGAGGUUUGUGUGUGUGUGUGUGUGUGUGUGUGUGUGUGAGCGCUUUCUGAUUCAGCAUUCGGUGUCAGGACUCUCGUGUGUCGUUUGUUUUUUUUUAGUGAUUAAUUACAGAAGGAGGCUGCAGCCAGCUUGUGUAGAGCUCCGUUGGGGUUCCCCCGGACAGACUUGUCGGGGCAGUGGACGGGAAUCGAUCGUUUCGGGGGGGGGGGUGUCCUGUCCCUGGCGGCAAUCCAACGGGCGGACAGCCGAGGAGAAGGGAGGGAAGGAGGGAGGGAAGACGUAUGGAGGAGGAGUGGCUGCCAAUACUGAGAGAGAGACAGAGAGAGGGAUUGAGGGCUUGUUCCGAUCGCUUGUUUUCACUCCUUUCCUCGUUGCUUAGCGCCACCUGACGGAGGACGCAGGGAAAGGAAGCGGGGAAAAGGAAACGAGGACGGAGGAAUCGAGGAAACGUGUGUCAGGCACACGGAACAUCUUUAUUCAGCCGAGCGCCAGUCUGAAGCCACGCCUGUUGCAGACGCGGCAGGUGGGGAGAGGUGGAUCCACAGGUGGAUCGUUUAUACGCCACGCGUUCAGGGGAGACCUCUGCAGAGGACGCGCUUGUGCAUCCUCGCCGAAGCAUCCUCGGAGACUCCUCCAGGGAACAUCUUUAAAGAUGGUGGCCCUCGAUCGACUCCAGGGUCACGCGAGGGCCGAGGAGAUGAGGACGGAUAAAAGGAGUGAUUGGAGAGAGAGAGAGAGAGAGAGGGUGAGUGGGUCAGAGAGAGAGAGAGAGGGUGAGCGAGAGAGUGAGAGGGUGAGCGAGUCAGAGACAGAGACAGAUGGGAGGGAUCUGAUUUGUUUGGUGCAGAUAUCGUUUCCCCAUCGGUAGGCCCAAAUCCACGCCAUUUCUACGCCCCCCUGGUGCUUUUAACAGCCCUGCUGGCCCCGCUGUGGGGCUGGUGAAUGGGGCUAACGGGCUCCCCCCCAGGUCCUCGGGCCCCCAGGACCAGGAGGCUUCCGCAGGGCUGCUUUAGACCUGCACGUUCGUUUCCGUUAGCGUUAGCGUCUGGUCCUGCGGCCGCGGGAAGCGAAGCCGCGUUGAGCGGUUCCGCUGCUCGUGCGGUCCAGGGCUGCCAGUCUGGGCCCUGGGGAGCAGCUGUGGAGUCCAGCAGAUCUCACUGCCUCCUGAGGUAACCUGGCAACAGAAACAACA